GCAAGGCGGGCUUUUUUCCCUCUUCUCUAUUGCUAACCUCCGACCUUCCCCUCCCUUUCACGGUCUCCUUCCUUCUUCCGUAGUUCCGUCGGCGGAGGCCGGAGAGAGAGAGGGGGGGGGAGAGAGGAACCGCCGCGAGGGAGUGCGGAAGAGCCCCGUCCCGGAGCUGCGGGGCGGAGGGCGGGAUGAAGAAGGGACCCUCCCGGCCGCGGCCACGACGACGACGGCGGCGGCGACACCACUGCUACUCCCACCGCCGCCGCCGCGACCAACUAGGCCGCGCCGCGGCGUUGCCAUGGAAACGAAGAACGACGGCGGCCGCCGAGGGACACAAAGGCCACCGGAGCGGCGCCUGAGGCGAGAACGCGUCCCGACGAAGGGGGCCGCCGCCGCCGCCAUCGCCGUCAUCCCAGCGCCUGCCUCUGCGCCUUCCUCCUCCUCCUCGUCGGCCAUGGAGGCCGUCUGCGGCCCGUCCCCCUCGGCGCCCUCGCCGCCGCCGCCGCGGUACCGCCUGGUGUCGGAGAUCGGGCGCGGGUCCUACGGCGUGGUCUACGAGGCGGUGUCCGGGCGCAGCGGGGCCCGGCUGGCCGUCAAGCGGAUCCGUUGCGACGCCCCGGAGAACGUGGAGCUGGCGCUGGCCGAGUUCUGGGCCCUGACCAGCCUCCGGAGGCGGCACCCGAACGUGAUCCGCUUCGAGGAGUGCGUCCUCCAGCGCGACGGCCUCGGGCAGCGCAUGAGCCACGGCAACAAGCGCAGCGCCCUCUACCUCCGCCUGGUCGAGACCUCGCUCAAGGGUGAGAGGAUCCUGGGCUGUGCUGAAGAACCUUGUUAUCUCUGGUUUGUCAUGGAGUAUUGUGAAGGAGGAGACCUGAACCAGUACAUUCUUUCUCGCAGACCAGACCCUGCCACCAACAAGAGUUUUAUGCUCCAGCUAACAAGCGCCAUCGCCUUUCUGCACAAGAACCACAUUGUGCACAGGGACCUGAAGCCAGACAACAUCCUGAUCACAGAGAAAUCGGGUGCACCUAUUCUCAAGGUGGCAGACUUUGGGCUCAGCAAGGUCUGUGCUGGUUUGACUGCUCGAGGCAAAGAUGGGGGGAAUGAUAACAAAAAUGUGAAUGUGAACAAGUAUUGGCUGUCAUCUGCUUGUGGCUCAGACUUCUACAUGGCUCCUGAGGUCUGGGAAGGGCACUACACUGCCAAGGCAGACAUCUUUGCCCUGGGCAUCAUUAUCUGGGCAAUGAUUGAGAGGAUAACAUUUAUUGAUGCUGAGACCAAGAAGGAGUUGCUGGGGACCUACAUCAAGCAGGGGACUGAGAUUGUACCCGUUGGGGAGGCGCUGCUAGAAAACCCAAAGAUGGAGUUGCACAUCCCCCAGAAACGCAGGACUUCCAUGUCUGAGGGGAUCAAGCAGCUCUUGAAAGACAUGUUGGCUGCUAACCCACAGGACCGACCCGAUGCCUUUGAGCUUGAAUCCAGGAUGGACCAGGUUACUUGUGCUGCUUAAACUCAGGUCACCCAGUGUUGGUGUGCUUUGAAAACUGGGGAUUUCUUACCAGGGACCUACAAUCACCAUGAUUUACAUGGAUCAAGAAGAGCUGAGGAUGGUCCAGGUCAAACACCAGGAUCUCUGACAAAGUGAAGCCUUGAGAGAUUCUUCUUCAAAGUUCCAGUGAUACACCAGAAGGGCAAGAGCUAUUGAAACCCAUUCCAUUACCAGACUAUUAACAUUUUUCUAAAUUUAUAUAUUCCCCUUCCCCUCCCUUCUGCCAACUCAGCUUUUUUAUCGGCUAAAUCUGUGCAGGUACAUCUGGAAUUCCUCUUUUAUCUAAACAAAAUACUGGGUAAAAUCUGCAUAUUUUUUUUCUGCUGCUGCUAAGCACUGGAAUUCUGGGCCAAGAUAUUCAUAACAUUUGUUCUUUGUGCAGUUUUACGCAGGGAGAGAUUCAGUUCGGGUGCUGAGGCUAGUUCCUAAAUAUGAGUAAUUUUCUUGUGGCUGCUACUGAGCCUCUAAAGUCAGAAACAAAAAGCAAGAUGGGAGAUCCAGCAGCCCCCAGACCUCACUUCUCUUUCUAUGACUGUUCUUUGGUGUUGGCGCUUGAAAGGAAAAUGUCUGAUGACAAUUAAAGUAAGAAAACCCUUGUUAAGGUGGCCCACAAAUUAGAAGCACUAUGGUAGCAAUGAGAGGCCUGCACUUCAGUGUGCCAAGUUUUACAAGUCAAGAAGCUGGUGAUAUUUGGGAAGGAUGGAAGGUGUUCAUACGUGUGUGUGUAAUUCUGUGUGCGUAUGGUUUGCAAGGGACUGGUGGCUUCCUUGGUUCUGUAUUUUGUUUGCUUGAAUGACCAUGAGAUCCUAAAACUUCAAGCGGAUCCCUCUUCAUAGGUCUCUUGAGUGUGUUACCUGUUUUGAGGACUUUUGGGGCAGAUCUUGAGUAGAUCUGUCUCACUGUAAAUGGGAGUGUACAGCACAGUUUUUUCCUUGCUCUUUGUAGAUAGGCCAUUGUACAUACCACAUACACAUACAGAGAGAGAGAGAGAGAGAGUUAGCCUUGUUCUGUAGGCCUCUGGUUUGAAAAACACUGUUGCUGACACUCCUUUCAUACCUGUAGAUCUAGCUGACCUCAUCCAGUGAAGAGAAGAUCUUGACACUACAGGUUCUGGCUGCUGUUGAGGGCAAGAUUCUGCUCUGGUACUUCUCUUUGUUUGGUCUUGGUUUGUGGUAUGUAAACUAUAGGAACCUCACUGAUUUGUUCCUUGCACUAUUGUGCUACAUAGCAAUGAAGGAAAGUAGCUCAAUCACAACCGGAAAACCAAGUCAACACUUUGUAGUAGACCACUUGUAUGAUUGCUUGUGUAUAUCUUCACACUGCUACUGAAACCAUUAUCUGUAGCCUUCGUCUGUGGGACUUUGGAGAAAAUGUUCUGUUUUAUGCCUCUAGGAAGACUGCUCUUUAUAAUGGAGGCCAUGAAAGAAGUCACUUUUAUCUACUAUGCUGCUCUUUGCAUCCCCUCUCUUCCCCAUUUCAUAUCGUUCUGGGAUGUGUACUUUCACAUGAACCAGCUUCUUCCUUCGGUGGUCAUUUGUGGAUUAGAAAAUUUGCUUGUGGCUUUCCAGACCUACCAUUUGCAAAUUCGGCUUGGUUUUGUCUGGAUUUUUCUUAACUCCCAAAUUCUAGUAUCUUUUCUUCCGCAAACCCCCACUCAAAUAGUGUGGUCAUUGCAUUAGACUUCCAAGGAGAAAUUGACUUGUAAACUGGGAAAGCCAAAUAAGAGAAUGAAAAUUCCUUACUUUGUAAUAGAUGCAAAAUCCAGGGCUGCGAGGAAUGCAGCUGUAGGUCCUGGUCUUCCUGAUUUAGGCCAUAAUCUCUCCAAAGGAAACUUUUGCAAUUUCCUUGAACAGAAUGACUACAAAAUUCUAAGGGACACAGAGACCUUGUUCCUUAUGGCUAGUAAUAAACUGCAACCCAUUAAAUCACAGCAGUUUAAAAUAAGCUUUCAUAAACAGGUUUUCUUUCAUCCUUUGCUGCUAUAACAAUCCUACCCAGCUAGGAAGCAGAAGCAGCAGUCUUCCAAACAAUAAGGUUAUUGUUUUUCUCUCUUAAGAAGAUUCAUAAGAGUUGGUUUAGGUCUGGAACUCAUCUGGCUAGCAACUUGAAACUAUUUUCUAAGAGGAGACUCUUGGACACCUUUCUGGGCUGUUUGUACCUUUCAGUAUCACAGCACAGUAGGAUAACAGAAGUCUGAGGCACUGAUCAUCUGUUUUGACACUGCCUAUGGCAGCCUGGGAACUAUGCACUGGGCAAUACACUACUGUUAACUAGUUAGUAAUUGUAUUGGUCUGCAGUAGAGAUCUUGUUGUGCAGCCCAUCUUAAACAAACUGCAUUUUUGGACCAAAUAAGCGUUUGUAUUCCUUCCUUUGUACCAGAGCGUCUGUGUGAAGCCUCGUUAGCACCCAGUAGCCCUUACCUUUCAUUUCUGCACUUUGGAUGGUGGAGGAAACCAAGAGGGUGGAUGCAUGAUCCAGUCCCAAUAAAAAGUUGUCCAUGCAAAUACAUAGCUCAGUCCAUCCUGAAAUGUCAUCACCUCAGUACUUUUGUAUCUUCAAACACAUCCCCUCACUUUUGUUCAUGCUGCAGUUAGGGUUGUGCUUUUGUUGUGGUAGCUAGACCACAGUGCCUUAUUGGAGGUUUGAAGGACUCCUAUAGAGGCAGCAUUAGGCUGCAGAAGUGCGUUUUGUUUUUCUUUCGAUUUCACUGUCCUAUGAAGUCAUCUCCUCCCUCCUAUAUCUUGCCUGGAUGGGUUUCGUUCAUUGCUGACAGGGUUGCCACUGAGAUCUUCAGAUAUGGCCAAAUGUUUUCUCUGUUGACCAUUUCAACUUCCAGCCCAUGUCUUUUUGAGCAUAUCUAUCUCGGGAAGCAGGAUAGCCUCUUUGGAAAAGCACUCUUCUAAUCUCUAAGGAGAGACGAUCCCCCAGCUCACCCUCAAUCUGGCUGCUGACUGAUCAGUUUGGAUCUAUGUCUGAAUGUGCUGUGGUGUUACAGCCAGCAAGAAAUUGUUGGACCUGAGAUCCCAGAGUCCUAUGAGUGCCAGGUAAGUCUGUAUUCAUAUAGGGUUGUCUCCCAGAGGAAAUUGCUUACUCAUUCUUCAGGGAUGUGAAAUAAUCACUGACAGUCUAUGGCACAUGGAUUUCUGGGCUAACAGGACUUUCUUUUAUUAUAAGUGUGCUUUUAAUGAACUGUUUACAUCAAACUGUUUACAACUGGUGGUGUGGGCUGAAACUUGCCAGACAUUUUCUCAGAUGGCUGCAGUGGCUAGUAGAGGGACUGUCAGCUGCAUUUCACGCCUGGCUUCAGCUUCAUAGCACUUUGCCAUCACCCGUUUUACUUGGCUUCUUCAUUGACAUAGCAGGGACAGGAGGACCCAGCCAUGAAACUGGGAUUAUUGACAUCCCUUCAUGUGUACAGUAUGGUCUGCCUGUGUCUGCCCUCCCAUGCUUUACCUUCCUAUAUAUUGUGGCAUCCCCUUCUUCUCCCCUCCCUGUCCCCCAGUGCUGCACACUGGUUGCACCAUUGUGUCCCCAGUUCUGCAAGAGAGAAAGGAAAGUCUAUCCAUGUUUUGUUUUCUUGGCAUUUGGAUAUAGAAUACCAGGCUUGAACUGUUGUCCACCCUGAGUCUGGGUUCUGGAGCUGGAAGUGGAAAAGAAGGCCCUAGGUUUGGCCAUGCAACAGUGCCCUGGGGUAAAAACCAUAAAGAGGGAAGGGGACACAGUGACUAGUUGGGUAGAUUUCUUGAUCACCAGCAUGUAUUCCUAUCACUGAGCAAUUAGCUGCAGCACCCCAAAGACAUAGGACUGUUACCUUCUUAGGUUGUGUCCUAUGUGCUUUGGGGGACAAAGUGGUAGUGUUGGCCGAACCAGGACAUGAACAUUCAAAUCAUAAUGGCACUAUGCAAAAGGUCCCACUCCCAUGCCCACUACACCCCCUUGCUGGCUAAAGAUUUUAAGCUGUCCAUGGACCUACAGUAAUGGUUCUGGCCAGUUUUGCAAGUGUGCAUAUCUCCAGAGGAAUGGUGAUUAUUAGCCUGCAUUAGGUGUGACUGGGCAUGGGUUUGUGUUGCACUGGAUUGGGAUUGAGUGGCCACUUCAUCCUGGCUUGCAGGAGUUUACAGUUGCCUGCUGCCUGUUCAGGGUGCUGCUUAAACCAGAAACAUGUCCUGGUUGAGCUCAUGCUUUCACAUUUAUCAGCAGCAUCACAAGGGAGCCAAGGAGACAGAAGCCUAAAACCACACAACUUCACCUUUAGAAUAAAGUUUCCUGGGAGUCAGCCUAUUUGUAGGCUCUUGAAAGUUGCAACUGUUCUUUCAGCAACUCCCUGCCCUUUUUCACACCUUCAGUAUCGGACUUUUGUGCUGCCCUUUUAGUGGAGCUGGUUUCAUGACCUUGUUUCUUUCCUCUUUCUCCUGCUGCUACUCCUGUUGUAAUUUUAAGGGUCAUGGUGCUAGCAUUGGGUGGUAAUUGUCUUCCUUUCUCCUCCCUUUCCUUUAGGAUCCCACACUGUGCCUCCCUGAUACCUUGCAGAGGUUUUUUUUUUUUUGGGGGGGGGGGGUAAAGCAAUAAGGUUCCCUGCCCUGAUCCCAGUAAGAGAGAGACAGCCUCUAAAUUUCCUUGUUGUUGUUUAUGCUCUUUGCAUAUGUCUAUUUUUUGCAAAAAUCCUGAGUUUAAGCCUGCCUGAGUUCCACUGUAGUAUCCUUUAAACCAAGAUGUCAGGUGAAUGAUGUACAGUUUACAUCUUUUCCCCCCCAACACUAAUUGUUGUUACCAUGAUCAUUAUUGGAGCAAUCAAAUACAAGCUUCAGCUCUCUGUUGCAAUAAUAACAACAGAGUUGUCCAGUAUCAUUGUCUGGAUUGCUUUGCUCCCAGACAUGAAUUCAUGGAAUGCCAGGACUUGAUAAGCAAGAUGGAAAAGCUACCUCACAGCCUCCCCUUGUAGUUGGGCACAUUGCAUGUGGAUGUCUGUGCCAGUGUCCUUUUAGAGGUGAAAUAGAAUCAAAUCCAUGGGGAAGAGGGAGCAUUUGCCCCCAGAAACUCUCAUCUCAUUCAUCUGCAUCACUUCACUUUGCACCAGGAAAAGGGGAGAGGCGUGUGAUGAAAUUCUCUCCCUGAGGAAAUUACAUGGAAAAUUGCCAUGUUGUGGUGGGAGAGGUUGCCUGCUCCCUAGUUCAUUUCUCUGUAGACCACAUUUGUGUGAGAGUCCAACAGACACAGAGAAAUUACUCCUGUUUUUCCGUUGUGAUCUCAGGUUUAUCGAGACACCAAGUUGUUAAACCCACCUGCUAAGUGUAACAGAGAAAGGCUUAAACCCAGGCUUCUCAGAACAGUUCAUUUCCAAUGUUUGUCUUUGGGAGGAGAAACCCUCCUUUUUCUUUGCACAGAAGCUGGUAAUCUAGGACCUGUGUGUGAACAACUUUAUAUUUUUGUUAUUAAAAAAAAAAAAAAAAGAAAGGAAAAAUUUUGGUUUACUUGGGUUGGUGUGAGACAUUGUAUUUAAGUUCCUUUUGAACACUGUGGAAACCCUGAUUGUGUGUGAAUGGCAGCAGCUUUGUAAAUUAAAGAAACCGUUUGUGUGAAUAAAGCUAGUGGAUGGGGUUGAAAAGCCAUACCCAGUUUUGAAACAAGGUGUCUUUGUCUUUGUGUUCAUAAUUGACUUGCUUGGUGCAUCCAAUGGAGGCAGGAGGAGGAAGAGGAUCCAUUUAUCAGUUGGGGGAAUUCCACUUUUGUUCUUUCAACACAUGGGUUGUGGAAUGAUUUGGGAAUGGGCUUCUUUUAAUGAGGAGAAUCCAUCUGAAAAACUGUCAGAGUGCAGUCAGUUAUGUAAGAAGAUUCUGGACUGGAGUUAUAUUAGCCAGGGUGAAAGGGUUUAUGUGCCUCGCUUAAGGUAAUGCAUGCACUCUGCCAAAAACCACACAACGUAUGUCACUUGUAUUUGUUUCCAUUAAUUUGCUUCCAGAAUACAAGUUUUCCAAG